AUGCCUGGUCCUCCCGUGGGGCCUUUGGAGGUGUCCGACAUCGACAGGCACACAUGCACGCUGCACUGGAAACCACCUAUUUACGACGGGGGAGUUCGCAUCACUCAUUACGUCGUCCUUGCAGCACUACACAGAAAACUUGUGACCCACCAACACGCCCAAUACCGACAGUUGCUUUAUGGGAUGAGUGUGCCGCUCGAGGGCACGAACCCGAUCCGUGCCAAGGCUCCUUUCGACCCGCCGAGUGCACCAGGAAUCCCGACUGUAACUGAAGUCGGUGGAGACUUCGUUAAUUUGUUGUGGGAUAAACCAGAGUCUGAUGGUGGCUCAAGAAUCCAGGGCUACUGGAUUGACAAACGCGAAGCUGGUGGCAUUAGUGAUGUUUGGCAUCGUGUGAACGUGGCGAUUUCACAACGGCGCAAAAACGCGUCUUACGACGACCUGAGUCGGGUGGAAGCGAACGAAGUUCGAGCUAGUUUUAGUUCCUCCCACGUGGUACAAGGGUGCAAGGGAGUUGCUCCUCCAAAGUUCAACAUUCCUCCGCGGUUCCGCGACACUGCGUUCUUCGACAAAGGCGAGAACGUUGUCAUCAAGAUUCCUUUCACGGGCAAUCCCAAGCCAAGGAUUGUGUGGUCCAAGGAUGGAGAGGUUAUCGAAUCUGGAGCUCACUUCUCCGUCUCCAAGAAGGAGCGUCAUGCAAUUUUAGUGAUCAAAGAUGCUUCGCGGCUUGACAGCGGUCCUUACAGCAUCGUAGGCGAAAAUGAGCUCGGAAUGGACUCACACAUCAUCAAAAUCCAAAUCAGCGACCGUCCCGACCCACCGAAAAUGCCGACGAUCGAGAAGACUCUUCGGGACGGAGUUUUCCUCACGUGGCAGCCGCCUUCUUGGGACGGCGGCUCGCACGUCACCUCGUACAUUGUGGAGCGUCGAGAGGAGCCCAUGACUUCUUGGAUUCGUUGUGGUACGACGCGGUUGACGAGCCAUCAAGUGACGGAACUUUCUCCCGGUAAAACGUACGAGUUCCGUGUCAUGGCGGAAAAUGUUUACGGCCGCAGCGACCCGUCGGCCACGUCCAGGUCCGUGCAUUUGCCGGACGUUGAGAAAAAGGACAAGUCGAAGAAACGAUACGAAUUUGACGAGACCGGGAAGAAAAUCCGGGGACGAGCGGACGAGAAACCGAAAGACUAUGAUCAAUUCGUGUUCGACAUCUACUCUCGAUUUAUGCCGCAACCGGUGGAGAUCAAGGCCGACGUGAGUGUACACGAUGACUACGAGAUUCUAGAAGAAAUCGGCUCUGGUGCGUUUGGCGUUGUUCACCGAUGUCGCGAGCGGGCAACUGGACACAUCUACGCUGCCAAAUUUAUCCCGGUGGCACACCCGAUGGAAAGAUCGUUGAUCCGCAAAGAAAUUGACAUCAUGAACCAGCUUCAUCAUCCCAAGCUCAUUAACCUCCACGGGGCUUACGAGGACGACGACGAAAUGGUCCUCAUUUUCGAAUUUUUGAGUGGAGGAGAAUUGUUCGAAAGGAUCACCGCUGAAGGUUAUACAAUGUCGGAAGCAGAAGUCAUCAAUUACAUGCGACAAAUUUGCGAGGGUGUCAAGCAUAUGCACGAGAGGAACAUCAUCCAUUUGGAUAUCAAACCGGAGAACAUCAUGUGUCAGACACAGAGGACAACUAACGUGAAAUUAAUCGAUUUCGGGUUGGCGACCAAACUCGAUCCGAACGACGUGGUGAAAAUUUCAACUGGAACAGCUGAAUUCGCUGCUCCUGAAAUUGUUGAAAGGGAACCAGUCGGUUUCUACACGGAUAUGUGGGCUGUUGGCGUUCUUGCCUACGUUCUGUUGAGUGGAUUGUCGCCGUUUGCGGGUGAAAAUGACAUUGACACGCUCAAGAAUGUGAAGGCCUGCGACUGGGAUUUCGAUGAAGAGGCUUUUGCUCACGUGUCCGAAGAGGGCAAGGACUUCAUUCGCAGACUUUUGGUGAAAAGCAAAGAGAAACGUAUGACAGCGCAUGAGUGUUUGAUACACGCAUGGCUGAAAGGGGAGAGCAAAGCUGGAGCGGAAAGCGUCGGGACUGGGCGACAUCUGGCGUACAGGGACAAACUGCGAGCUAAAAUUCCCAAUUGGGACACAUUUCUUCUCCCCAUUGGUCGCCUGGCAGAAUACUCUUCCCUGCGUCAAUUAUACGUCGAGAAGUACAAGAUACACGAGUUCUUUAUUGACCGUCGCCAGGCUGCGCCGCGGUUUGUCAUCAGACCUCAGAGCACAUUUGCUUUCGAAGGCCAGAGCGCAAAGUUCUCUUGUCGCGUUAUUGCCGUUGCUCCCGCUACAGUUUCCUGGUACCACAACAACGCCGAGUUGCGGCAGUCGGUCAAAUACAUGAAACGCUACCUGAUCGACGAUUACACGUUUGUCAUCAACCGCGUGAAACUGGAGGACAGAGGAGAGUACAUCAUCAGGGCUGAGAACCAUUACGGCGCCCGAGAAGAACCCGUGUUUCUCAACGUGCAACCGGUUCCGACGGAUGUGUCUAUUGUGAAACCGGAUCUCGGCGUGCAAAGGAAAAGACAGCCACUAGAAAUCAAGAAUCUUUGGCAGGAAGCCCGUGAUUCUGCUCCGUGUUUCACGUUCUUGUUGCGGCCCCGUGUCAUUCAAGUUGGCAGCAGUGUUAAAUUGCUAUGUUGCUUGAGUGGCAAACCAACUCCUGACGUCAAAUGGUUCAAAGGCAGUCAAGAACUUUCUAAGUAUGAGUACGCGAUGACUCAUUCUGAUGGCGUAGUAACCAUGGAAAUCACUAACUGCCGAGUGCAAGAUUCUGGAAAAUAUCGAUGCGAAGCGAAGAACACGCUUGGUUCAGACGAGACAAAUUGUGUUGUGAUUGUUGAAGGUGGGAAAGAAUCGAGUGGGCAGCUGCAGCAUCUCUUGAAAGAUGCCCAUGUAAAAGAUCGGAGGUUUGACCCGACGAAAUAUUCUUCGUCUGAGCUGGAUGCGAUAAAGGAAACAAAAAUCUCGUCUACAUAUCAAUCGUCUUUCGAAUCCCACACGGAGACUGCAAUGGGUCGAACAUCAAUGACGCGAUCUUCGAUGUCACGUUCUUCAGUGAAGAGCAAGUCAACCCUAACCACGAAGACGGAGCAGCGUGCCUAUGGUGGAGCCGGGUCACGAUCCCGCACUGCGACUCAAGAACUCGCACUGCCAUCGGAUGCCGCCAUGUGCGCGCCCACGUUCUCGACGGCGCUGCAGGACGUGAGUGUGAAGGACGGCGAGGCGGUGCAUCUCUGUUGCCUGAUCGCCGGCGAUCCUGAGCCACAUGUCGAGUGGUUCAAGGACGAGGAGUUGCUACAUUCUUCGGAUAUCCUGGAGCUGAAAUACCGUAGUGGACAGGCGACAUUGUCCAUCAACGAGGCAUUCCCGGAAGACGAAGGAAAAUACGUUUGCCGCGCCACAAAUCCGCUGGGCACCAAGGAAACCUCGUGUCGACUCAAAGUUCAACCGAUGGAACGGAAUGGGAAGAAGUCAUCUGGCAAGAAAUCGUCCGACAAGUUGCCAAGAUUCGCGGAUAACCUCAAGUCCAUGGUUGUGAAAGACGGAGAUGCUGUGAAGCUUUCCUGCAAGGUCAUCGGAGCGAAGAAGUUUGACGUGGUGUGGUUACACAACGAUAAAGAGAUCAAACCGAGCAAGGACUUCGAAUACGUCACCGGCAGCGACGGGGAACGAGGCUUGAACAUCGCCGAGAUUUUCCCCGAAGACGCUGGUGUUUACACUUGCGAAGCUUUCAACGACUGUGGCGAGGCCUUUUCUACUUGUACCCUUAUUGUUGCCGUGCCAAAUGAAGAGUCUCCAAACCCUGGAAUUUCCGUUUACCCCUGUUCAACAACGGUCCAAGAAGGGAAGAGCGCUUCUUUCCGUGUUGAAGCUGAAAAAGUGCCUCAAAAGGUGACCUGGAUGAGAGACGGGAAACCGUUGGACGAACAAAACUCGCACUACAAAUUCUCUCAGGAAGGCAAGCGUAAAUACAUCUUCGAAAUCCCGGGUGCGCUCGUCACGGAUGUGGGCCAAUACGCCGCUGUUGUUGCUGGCAAGAAGGGAGAGACCAGGGCUGCAUUUUCGCUCAACGUCUACACGCAAGACGACCUCUAGUUUCAUUCAUAAGUUUGUUGCCCUUUCCCCGUGCCUUAUUUUAAAGCGAUAUAACAAGCAAAUCGAAAUCAUUGCUUUUUUUUCUUUUGUUGUUGUGUGUUUGAAGAGAAGUUUCUUGUGCUGCCUGGAAUCGAAGCACAGAUUAUUUGUUCUCUCUCUUCUUUUUUUUGAGCGUGCUGAUGGGAUUAGGAAUUGUCUAGUAGAAUAAGUGAUGUUACCUUUUGGCUUUUAUUCGGUUUUUUCGGUGAGUUCCCGAAUUGUUGUGGAAUGUUCACGGUACCCGAGAUGGUUGGCAGUGGUAUGUUGAUCCCUCUGAAUACGCAGUUUUUGUUUGGGGAAAUAACUUCAAUUCCUAAAUUAGGAUUUGCAUCACAAGGAGUCGCAGCGAAGUUCCUUAAACUGAAAACUACGAAUUCCCAAGAGAGACAUCUUGGAAAAGUUACCGCGGGGAUGGUGGAGAGCGAAAUUGUUGAGCUCGUUUUUUGCGCGUUUGUGUGACACUGCCGAGUUUUGCCCGUCUUUGAACCUACUUCGUGUAAUGCUUCCUGACCAAAGUUUCCUUCAUUUGGAUGCGGUUUCAAUGAGUGAUGGAAGAGGAGGAAAAUAACUGGGAGUAAUAGAAUGAGAGAAUGUCAAUACUGUGAAUGAACAUGAAAGAAAAAUAAAUAUAUAGAAUUUCAAUCAAA